AUGUCUCUCCCCCAGCGGCCGGGCAAGGCCUCCCCGCGGCGUGACGAGCGCAGCGCUUUUCGCGAGCCCUCACACCGUCGUCGCCGUCGCGAUCUCAACUCCGGAACACUCAGCGACAGCGCCCCAACCUCUCCGUCCACGCACCGGCACCGGCGACGUUCUCAUUCCCACCACCGCAGACAUGCCGAGACCGACGACGAUCGCAUGGAGCGCGGAGGAGAUAUCGGGCGGAAGAGGAGCCUGGUGAAGCCAGAGCGACGACACAUGGACCGGGAUCACCCCAAUUAUCACUACCGACAACGAUCGCAUCAUAUGGCAACUUACCCUUCCGCGACCGGAAAUGAUCCACUCCUCGAUAAAGACGGCGAAGCAGAGACAAAUAGCUCCCGAAGUACCGAUGCGAAGGCCAAAGAGCAGUUGUACGGUGCGCAGGGAAAUGUCAACAAGCCCAUGGACCGGGCGCCCAGCCGCCAUCAUUCGAAAAAGAAGAAGAGGAGGUCCGGCAGACGAGUGUCGAAGAGCACAUCGGCCGAGGAAAAGAGGAGACAGAAGGCUCUGGAUCCAGCACGGCCGCCAGAUCUGUGGACGACAUACUGUGCGCUUGUAAGUUGCUUGGUUCCGGAUUUUGUACUCAAGUGCUUUGGCAUGCCCCAGAAGGAACAGCGAUCAGCCUGGCGAGAGAAAAUCGGCCUGAUCAGUAUCAUCCUUAUGAUUGCUGCCUUUGUCGGCUUUCUGACUUUCGGUUUCACGGCUACAGUCUGUGGUACACCCCCGGUCCGACUGAAAGUUAAUGAAGUUGGGUCCGGCUACAUGAUCUUCCACGGAAAGGCGUAUGACUUAACGGGAUCUCAUCAUCCUGCGGCAGAGGGCAUCCCCGCCAAGACAAACGUUCUUUAUGAUUUGCCUCACAAGUACGGCGGUCAGGAUGGCAGCUUUUUCUUCCAACAGGUCAAUGGUGCAUGCAAGGGCCUCAUCACCGCGAACGAUGAUGGUGGAGUACCGACCAAUUCCAACGGUGAUUUGGGAUGGUACUUCCCUUGCACGGCCUUCAAUCAGGAUGGCUCGUCCGAGCCGAAUUUGACCGCGUCCUAUUACCUGGGCUGGGGAUGCCACACGGGAAGCUCUGCACGGAACGCUUUCUGGAACCUGAAAAGCUCAGGCGAUGUGUAUUACACCUGGGAAGACACCAAGAACAAAAGCCGCAACCUGGCCAUCUACUCGGGCAAUGUCCUCGACCUCGACCUUCUACGCUGGUUUAACACCUCUCAGGUGUCUUAUCCGGCGAAAUUCGAUCAACUCCGGACAAACCCUGCAAUUCGUGGUGUCGAUCUGACAUACUACCUACAAAGCGGAACUGAGAAGCAAGUCGGGAAAUGUCUCGAGCAGAUCAUCAAGGUGGGUAGCAUUGACACCGACACCGUCGGCUGCAUUGCCUCCAAAGUGGUGCUUUACGUGUCUUUGAUCUUCAUCCUGUCCAUUGUCGUGGUCAAGUUUGCUUUCGCUCUGCUCUUCCAAUGGUUUUUGGCACCUAAAUUUGCUGCCCAGAGGACAAGCAUGGCCUCGGAUGCCAGAACCCGCAACCAGCAGAUCGAAGAUUGGUCAAAUGAUAUUUACCGACCUGGGCCUCGAAUGGCCGAUCCCCCUUCGUCUGACCGAAUGAACAAGCGCUCGAGCUUCCUGCCGACGACAUCUCGCUUCUCUAGUCCUUAUGUCAUGAACAGCUCGGGGAGUAGCAAGCAGCGCACCCAGUAUGUCACCAUGGCCAGCCAAAAUUCGACCUCUCGCCUGAUGCCGAGCUCUACUGCGAGCGGCCCAAUGUACAAACUGAGCCACAAUAGCAGUGGCGGUACGCUCAGUGCAGACAACUCCCGCCACAAUCCUGCUGCCAGUCGUACGAGCUUGGUUCCCGGCCAACAGGAACAGACCUACUCUACCAUAAUCCCGGAGUCGGAAGAGCCUGGCCCUGCUGGGUUCAUCCAUGAAGCAGUGGUGCCUCAACCCCCGCCGGAAUGGCAACCGUUUGGAUAUCCGUUGGCGCACGCAUUGUGCCUAGUCACUUGUUACUCGGAAGGCGAAGACGGUAUUCGGACUACUCUGGAUUCAAUUGCCAUGACCGACUACCCGAACAGCCACAAGACGCUCAUGGUCAUUUGUGAUGGUAUUAUCAAGGGCAAGGGAGAAGAAUUCUCAACCCCCGAAAUCGUCCUCGGCAUGAUGAAAGAUCACUUCAUUCCCCCGGAUGAAGUUCAGCCCUUCUCUUAUGUGGCUGUGGCUACAGGUUCCAAGCGUCACAACAUGGCCAAAGUCUACACCGGAUUUUAUGACUACGGCGAAACAUCUGUUAUUCCCCCGGAAAAACAGCAACGUGUGCCGAUGAUGGUCGUUGUUAAAUGUGGUACUCCUGCUGAGGCAACAGCUUCCAAGCCUGGUAACCGUGGAAAGCGUGAUAGUCAGAUCAUUCUCAUGUCGUUCUUGCAGAAGGUGAUGUUCGAUGAGCGAAUGACAGAGCUCGAAUUCGAGAUGUUUAACGGAAUGUGGAACGUUACCGGUAUUCCACCGGACUUCUACGAGUGCUGUCUGAUGGUGGACGCCGAUACCAAAGUCUUCCCCGACAGCUUGACGCAUAUGAUCUCUGCCAUGGUCAAAGAUCCCGAGAUCAUGGGUCUCUGCGGUGAGACGAAAAUUGCCAACAAGACUGACAGUUGGGUUACAAUGAUCCAAGUCUUCGAGUACUUUAUCUCCCACCACCAAGCGAAAUCCUUCGAGUCCGUGUUCGGUGGUGUGACCUGUCUCCCUGGUUGCUUCACCAUGUAUCGCAUCAAAGCUCCCAAGGGUGGUCAGAACUACUGGGUUCCUAUUUUGGCAAAUCCAGAUAUCGUCGAGCACUACUCGGAGAACGUGGUGGAUACGCUGCACAAGAAGAACCUGCUUCUCCUGGGCGAGGAUCGUUAUCUGACCACACUCAUGUUGAAGACCUUCCCCAAGCGCAAGCAGAUCUUCGUCCCGCAGGCUGUGUGCAAGACGGUUGUCCCCGACAAGUUCAUGGUUCUGCUUUCGCAGCGUCGCCGCUGGAUCAACAGUACCGUCCACAACUUGUUCGAACUGGUACUUGUGCGCGAUUUGUGCGGAACCUUCUGCUUCAGUAUGCAAUUCGUCAUCUUCAUCGAGCUAGUGGGUACGCUCGUGCUUCCUGCUGCCAUCGCGUUCACCUUCUACGUUGUCAUCUCUUCCAUAGUGAGAAAACCGGUUCAAGUCAUUCCCCUGGUCCUUCUCGCCCUGAUUCUCGGUCUGCCGGGUGUCUUGAUCGUUGUCACUGCCCACCGACUCGUCUAUGUCGCCUGGAUGCUGAUCUACCUGAUCUCGCUUCCGAUUUGGAAUUUCGUUCUCCCCACCUAUGCAUUCUGGAAAUUCGACGAUUUCAGUUGGGGCGACACGCGUAAGACGGCUGGGGAGAAGGACAAGGGUCAUGGCGACGCCGAAGGCGAGUUCGACAGCACCAAGAUCACGAUGAAGAGGUGGCGCGAUUUCGAAAAAGAACGGCGAGUACGAAACAGUGGCUGGGCGCAACCACAUGCACAGAAUGGGUACUCGCAUUACGAAACUUACUCUGAUUACUGA